AUGUCGUCCCAUCCGUCCCAUCCGACCAAUACGAAAACUCUUUCCCCGCCACUUCCAAAAAUACAUGUAUCCUUAUCCGUGGGCUCCUCCGAUUGGAAGUAUAUUUUCACAGACACAGUCGUGCCGUUAUACAUCGCUGUGAACCCGGAAGAUGAGAUGGACGUGUUCUUCCGACAACAUCCGCGGAAAUUAUGUACUUCGAGUAAUUGUUACGGUUACGAGGAUUCCGGAGAUUCCACUGUUUCACCGAAACAACACGCUUCUUUUGCUUAA